AGAUUCUGCUGCAAGCACAACCGAGAUCUCUACGAAUUCAUCCUGAAGGAGAGGAAGAGGCUUGAGGGCUCCUUCAGCAUUCCCAGUGCUGUCAACCCUCGUGGACCCUAUGACUUCCAGGGCUCCAAAGCCAACCAGCUGCUGCCAAAGGAGCAGGCAAACCAGAGGAUGCAGGAGAGCCACCUGGCCAGAGGAUUGGCUGUUCUGGCAGCAGAGCCAAGUGCUGCUGAAGGUUCACACCAAGCUGGCACCAUUCCUGACCAGCUUUCCCAGGAGACCACAUCGCCUGCUGGGAGCGCAGCGGAGCCUGAGGAGGCGUCUCUGUCCUGCCUUGUCACCGGCCCCGAUGUCAGCCCUGCUGGGAGCGCAGCCGAGCCCGAGGAGUCGUCUCUGUCCUGCCUUGUCACCGGCCGCAAUGUGGAGAAGAAUAAAUUGGUGCAAAAAUACUACAAAAAUGGAAGGAAAUUCCUCACCAUGCUCCCAGACGGAACCUCGCAGUUAUUCUAUCCGUCUGGAAACCUGGCCAUGAUCAUUCUGCGAGAGACGAAUGAGCUGAUUUGCAUCGUGCAGGAAGAUGAGCCAAGGAACGCCAGACUCCGAGCGCUGUUCCGGUCCGACGGCACAGCCACGUGCUACUACCCGAACGGAGACGAGUGGAUAAACAUGAAUAUCCAUGGAGGACAGUAUUUGGACCAAGCAGGCAGGAGGGUGAGAAGGUGGACAUGGCCAAACAUGUCACCAGGACCCCAGGUUAAACUGAGCCCCACCUUCAUCUCCCUGAACCGAUACAUGGGGGUCAGGAUCCUGGGCCAGGACAAGAUCAUUGUCUCCUUCCUCGCCAUGGGUCGACAAGCCAAAUUCAAUGUGGGCAUCGAAGAGCAGGUCAGUGACACCAGCCAGCUGCCGCCCCCGGCCCAGCUGGGUGAGGAUGAGCUGCUGCUGCUGCUUGCCCGCCGGGUGAAGAUCCUGCAGCUCCUGGACAGGCUGCGGGGCUGUGUUGGCUUCCCUUCCCGCAAGCACAGCGACAAGAUGAAGCUUCCCGUGUACCUCAUGUCCCAGACUGCCAAGAUCCUGCAGCUCUGCAGUGCCGCUGACAUAAGCGAUGAGCUGCGCAGCUCCAUCAGGGCCAUAGUAAACACUCAGCUCUGA